UCUAUUUUCUUUUUCUCCUAUACUUUUUUCCAUAGCAAUGAUCAUGAUCUGUAUAUUUUACUUGUUAAUUUUAUUAUUUUUUCCUUCCCACCAGUAUGUAAGCUUCAUUAGAGUAGGAGUUUUUGUUUUGUUUAGUACUGGUGAACUACCAGUGCCUAGAGCUGGACCAAGCACAUAGUAGGCUCUCAGAAAGUAUUUGCUUAUCCUUUCCUAGAUUAUGGCCAGUGGCUUAGAGAGGCCACUGAGAUAGCAAUUAAGUCCAUGGAUGUUAGAACCUGGUUCAAAAGCCAGCCUGCCUGAGUUCAAAUCUUGACUAAAUACUUCAACUCUUAGUGCCUUAGUUUUCUCAUCAGUAAAGUAGGGAUAAUCAUGAUACCUACUUCAGAGAGCCUGUAAAGCCCUUAAUAAGUAUUAAGUAUUUAGAACAGUGCCUUGCGUGUAGUUAGUGCUAUAUAUACAUUUCUUAUAAUUAGAUGCACAUGGAGUUAAGAUUUAUAUCAGUAGUUUAGAUUUUCUAAAAUUUUUCAAUGUGUUACCCAUGUUAACAUUCAUUUCCCAUUUUUCUGCUCAUACAGAUUUCUAUGAUUGUUCUUCAGGUUUGGUUAUCUCCAAUCACCUGGCUCUUGCUCUGUCAACUUGGAUGUUUCCUUGUGUACUUUCUCCUACUGUCAUUUAGAAGCUGUUAAAUAGUAAUCUCGCUGGGCCGCAGUUUUCCAAUCUUGAUGGGCCUUGCUAUCGCUAAUGAUUUCCCAGGACGCAAGGAGGUACAAGCCCCACCCCCAAUCCCGCCUCCUUGGUUAUGCCCUCUGGCUGCCAAGGGGAAGGGUGACAGAGUCAGCUGGGCUCAACCUCAAGGGGACCAGGGGGACCAUGGCCAGUACAGAGUCCUUGCUGUUCACAACCUUAGGCGCCCACUCAGAUCCUGACAACAGUGAGAUGGAACUGGACUGCCAGUUUAACGAGGAGUUCAAGUUCAUCCUGCUGCCUGUGACCUAUGCAGUUGUCUUCCUGCUGGGCCUAGGCCUCAACGCCCUGACCAUCUGGCUCUUCCUCUUUCGCCUCCGACCGUGGGAUGCAACAGCCACCUACAUGUUCCACUUAGCCCUGUCAGAUACUUUGUAUGUCCUAUCACUGCCCACUCUUGUCUACUAUUACGCGGCCCGCAACCACUGGCCCUUUGGCACUGGGCUCUGCAAGUUCAUCCGCUUUCUCUUCUAUUGGAACCUCUACUGCAGUGUUCUUUUCCUCACCUGCAUUAGUGUGCACCGAUACCUGGGCAUCUGCCACCCACUGCGGGCGCUGCGCUGGGGCCGCCCACGCCUUGCUGGCCUUCUCUGCCUGGCAGUUUGGUUGGUCGUAGCUGGCUGUCUCGUGCCCAACCUGUUCUUCGUCACCACCAGCCCCAAGGGGGACACCAUCUUGUGCCACGACACCACUCGGCCUGAGGAAUUUGACCAUUAUGUGCACUUCAGUUCGGCAGUCAUGGGGCUUCUCUUUGGUGUGCCCUGCCUGGUCACUCUUGUCUGCUAUGGACGCAUGGCCCAGCGCCUGUAUCGGCCCUUGCCAGGGGCCACCCAGUCAUCUUCCCGUCUGCGCUCUCUGCGUACCAUCGCUGUGGUGCUGACUGUCUUUGCUAUCUGCUUUGUGCCUUUCCACAUCACCCGCACAAUGUAUUACUUGGCAAGGCUGUUGGAAGCUGACUGCAGGGUGCUGAACAUCGUCAACUUGGUCUACAAAGUGACUCGGCCUCUGGCCAGCGCCAAUAGCUGCCUGGAUCCUGUGCUCUAUUUGCUCACUGGGGAAAAGUACCGACGUCAGCUCCAGCGACUCUGCAGGGGUAGGAGGCUCCGGCCCCCCAGGACUGCCUCCUCUCUGGUGCUGGUGUCCCUGCCUAAAGACAGCAGCUGCAGGUGGACAGCUGCCUCCCAGGACAGCGGCUGCCCCACCCCUCGGGCAGGUAGUUUGUAACAUUGGAAGCUGGGAAGUGAGAGAAAGGAGGACAAGUUCCCAGGGGUGGGAUUACCAGGUCAAAGAGCAUGAGUGGUUUCAUAGAGCUUGAUUUCCCAAAGGACAGCACAAAUUUUCAACAUCAAAAUGACACGUGAGUGUUCCAGUUCCCUUGCAGCCCUGGCAUUGGACUUUAUAAGAAAUCUUUUUGGAUGGCUUAAACAUUUAACUUAUUAAUUUCAUUUCUUUGAUUAUUCAUGAGAUUGAACACUUUCCCACAUGUUCACUAUUUGUAUUUUCUCUUGGGUGAAUUGUCUGUUCAUAUUCUUCUUUUUUUUUUUUUUUUUUGUUCAUAUCCUUCUUGAAUUAGUAUCUUAGUGGUAUUCUUUUCUAUAUAAAUGUAUUCUUUAUUUGACAUACAUGUUAACCCUUUGUCAUAUUUGAUAUAACCAUUCCAUUUAUUGUAAUGCCUUUAACUUUAGUUCCUUAUUUUAUCUCCUUGCUUUAAAAUUUCUCUCUGGUAAUUUGCAACCUUGUGAACAUAGUAAAAACUACUGAAUUGUAUACUUAGAAAUGGUGAAUUCUAUAGUAAAUAAACUACAUCUCAAUAAAACUGUUAAAAAGAAAAAACAUUCUGUCUUCCUACUUUUCUCACUCUUAUUACUUCUCUUUGCUUGCUGCUCUUUCUUUUUUAUUCCCUAAGUGAAGAGAGUUCCAAAAUCUGUCAUAGUCAGAGCAUUUGGGGAUUAUUUAAUCCCCUCCCCUCAUCUGAGCUUUGAUUUUUCUCUUGGAGAGAGCAUAUAUGCAUGUGAAUACAAUUCAGUUGACUCAUAGUCCUUGAGAGUACCUUGGAAAUCUUCUAGGACCUGGGCACUGUUUCACUUUACAAAGGAGGAAACAGGUCCUGAGAUAUGACUUGCUCAUGACUUAGUAAGUUAGGGGCAGAGCAGAGACUAGGCCCCAGGGCCCCAGAAUCCCAGAGCUCCUUCCAUUACACCAGGCCAACUCAGUUCCAGGUCUGACCUUUCUCCCAAGCUCUACCUUUGUGUCUUCAGUUGCCCACUGGACAAUUUCACUUGGAUCUUCCAUUGUUACUUCCAACCCAAAUUAUCAAAAACUAAACUCCCUAAACCAGUUUCCCUACUUGUCUCGCUCAUUUGUGUUUAUGGCAUCUUCUUUUUUAAAAAUUUUUUUUCAUUUAUUUUUAUUAGUUGCAUCUUCUUCUUUUCUCAAGUCACCUAGGUUUGAGAAUACUCAGGUAACUUUGACUCUUUGCCCUUCCUGUUUCCUUUAUAGUUCCAGUGCUACCAUUCUAUAAAAGAAGGCCAAUUGUAAUUGACAUGAUGAGGGAAUAAAUGUCUGAAUCUCAUGAAAUAGGGAGGGCAAAGAGUCAGAGUUGCCUGAAUGUUUUCAAGCUUAGGUGACUUUAUGGUUCCAGUGCUACCAUUCUGGGGCUUCCCAAGUGAGUGCAGUGAUAAAGAAUCUACCUGCCAAUGCAGGAGAUGCAAG